AUGCCUAAACGCGAGCGAACAUCCGCAACUACGGAGGAGGCGGAAGCCAAGCAGAGGAAGGUAGAUGGCAGCUAUUCUGGCAGAGACGAGUCUGAUGCCGAGGAGUUGCUAAAGCCCUUCAUGGAGGACUUGGAGGAGAUACAACGGGCGCUGCAGGACCUGGAUGAGCAGUGCGCUAGGAAGCAGAUGGAAGUACAGAAGGAGUUCGAUCUAUCGAAGAAGCCUAUUCUUGAAAAGCGGCAAUCCGUCCUGGACAAAAUUCCUGGCUUCUGGGCAACUGCUAUUCGCAAUCACCAUAUGUUCGCCCUCAUGUCGGAGGCAGACGAGCCCGUGCUCCAACACCUCAAGAGCAUUCAGCUUGAUGACAAUUUAGACGAUUCAGGCUCUUACAGGAUCAAGUUUGUAUUUGCUGAGGGGGCUAAGGAACACUUCUCACCGCUGGAGUUGGUGAAGGAGGUGCGGUUUGGACCGCCCGGCCCUGCAGACGAGGAGGUCGUAGAGGCAACUGAGAUUUGCUGGACGGACAAGGAGAAGAACCCUGUUGCUGUCGUACUAGCGGAAAGGGAGAAGGGGGGGGAAGAGGACACUGCGUCAUGGUCUUUGUUUGAGUGGUUCACAAAAGAUCCUUGGCCCGAGUCCCGCCCUGAUGUCGGGGAGGUAAUAAGACGGGAAAUAUGGCACUCUCCUGUUGCUUUCUUCCUGGGGGAUGCUCUAAGUGAGGAUGAAGACGGACUGAGUGACGAGCUAAAUGACAGCGAGUCGGAAAACGAUGAGGAUGAGGAAUGA